UCUGUUAACUUCGCUUUACUGACUAUCGAUUUCUCUUUACAUGGUAGUUAGUUGACGAUGAAAACUUGAAAGAGAUUACACACAAACUCACCAUUAAAGAGAAAACACCCAAAAAACAGAAAGGAAACAAAAAAUUAUAAAAAUAUAUUGGAAAAAGAAAGACCCCCCCCCGACCAUACAUAUUACUAACAACUGCUCUACUAAAAUUCAAGUUGAAGCAAUCCACCUAACCAUACCUGUCGGCAGUUCACACAGAGCUCUCUCACUCACUCCAUCAUCUCGACUGUCAUACCAGUAGAUCACUCAAUAGAAGAUUGAGAUCAGAAAUCAGAGAUCUUAACAAGUUCAAAUUUUGAAGAAGAACUGAAGAAGAGAUCAAAAGAGUGGGUUUGAUUCAAUACUUCGGUUUUCUUUGAAUUUUUGAAAUUUGGGGAUGCAAUGUUGGUACAAGAGCGUUUAUCAUCAAAACCAUCAAAAGCACAUCAAAGAGUACAAUCAACAGAACCCCCAUCACAUUUUCUACAAGAUCGUUUCUCUGAGUCCAAAUCCCUAGAUUUCUCAACUUGGGUAUCUGAGAAUCUUUACAAAAUCGUAUCAGUUCUUCUACUUAUUGUUACUGUUGCUGCACUUUUCUUUCUUCGUAACGUUGGUGAUACAGCUGGUUUUCUCUGUUUGGAAAACAGAUCUAUUGUUGAUAAAACGAUUCAUUUCCCUAAAAUUGAUUGGAAUUCAAUCCCAUCUAUUGUUGAUAAAACUUCUCCUUAUUCUUCUUUUCGAUCCGAAAAAUGGAUUAUUGUAUCCGUUUCUACUCAACCUACUGAUUCUCUUCAAAAUCUUGUUAAAUUAAAAGGCUGGCAAGUUUUGGCAAUUGGAAAUUCAAAAACCCCUUCAGAUUGGAAUCUGAAAGGUGCAAUCUUUUUGUCCUUAGACCAACAAGCUAGUUUAGGUUUUCGAAUUGUUGAUCAGCUUCCUUAUGAUUCUUAUGUUAGGAAGAAUGUUGGUUACCUUUUCGCAAUUCAACAUGGUGCCAAAAAGAUCUUUGAUGCUGAUGAUCGUGGGGAUGUAAUUGAUGCUGAUUUAGGUAAACAUUUUGAUGUGGAAUUGAUUGGUGAAGGUGCAAGACAACAGACCAUCUUACAGUAUAGCCAUGAAAACCCUAAUAGGACUGUUGUCAAUCCUUAUAUUCAUUUUGGGCAGAGAUCAGUUUGGCCAAGAGGUUUGCCUUUGGAGAAUGUUGGUGAAUUGGGGCACGAAGAGUUCUACACUGAACUCUAUGGUGGUAAGCAAUUUAUCCAGCAAGGUAUUUCUAAUGGCCUCCCAGAUGUUGAUUCUAUUUUCUAUUUAACACGAAAGUCUGGUCUUGAAGCAUUUGAUAUUCGUUUUGAUGAAAAUGCUCCAAAAGUAGCGUUGCCACAAGGUAUGAUGGUGCCCUUGAAUUCAUUCAAUACAAUGUUUCAUUCUUCUGCCUUUUGGAGUUUAAUGCUUCCAGUUUUCGUUAGUUCUAUGGCUUCUGAUGUAUUGAGGGGGUUUUGGGGACAAAGGCUUUUAUGGGAAAUUGGUGGAUUUGUUGUAGUUUACCCUCCUACUGUUCAUCGAUAUGAUAGAAUUGAAGCGUACCCAUUUUCAGAAGAGAAAGAUCUUCAUGUUAACGUGGGUCGUCUUAUUAAGUUCUUGGUUCAGUGGAGAUCUGGAAAACACAGACUAUUCGAGAAAAUUAUGGAGUUAAGUUAUGUAAUGGCAGAGGAAGGGUUUUGGACUGAGCAAGAUGUAAAAUUUACUGCUGCUUGGCUUCAGGAUCUGUUAGCUGUCGGUUACCAGCAACCAAGGUUGAUGUCUUUAGAGUUAGAUAGACCAAGGGCCACGAUAGGCCAUGGAGAUCGGAAGGAUUUCAUCCCUCAAAAAAUACCAUCCGUUCAUCUUGGGGUCGAGGAAGUAGGGACUGUAAAUUAUGAGAUAGGGAAUUUGAUUAAGUUGAGGAAGAACUUUGGGAAUGUUGUGCUCAUAAUGUUCUGCACUAGGCCGGUGGAACGUACCGCUUUGGAAUGGAGGUUGCUUUAUGGUCGCAUAUUCAAGACUGUUGUUAUCCUCUCUGAACACAGCAAUUCAGAUCUUGCUGUUGAACGCGGCAAGUUGGAGCAAGUAUACAAGUUUUUGCCUAAGAUAUUCGAUCGGUUCGCAAGUGCAGAAGGUUUUGUGUUUCUUCAAGAUGACACGGUUCUUAACUAUUGGAAUUUACUUCAAGCAGACAAGACUAAGCUAUGGAUUACUGACAAGGUCCCCAAUUCCUGGACCAUUGUUCCAACAACUGGGGAGAAUUCGGGUUGGUAUUCAAAACAAGCAGACAUGGUGAAGACAGUAGUAGAUACGAUGCCCGUUCAUUUUCAGGUUAGCUACAAGGAAAGCAGCACCGAUCUGCAAGGGCUAACACUUUGUGGCUCCGAGGUUUUCUACAUCCCUCGGCGUUUUGUAGAGGACUUUACAGAUUUGGUUGGUCUUGUUGGCAAAAUUAAAAUCCAUCACAAGGUCGCAAUACCGAUGUUCUUUAAGGCAAUGGAUUCACCAAGUAACUUUGAUUCCGUUCUCGGUAAAAUGAUUUAUAAGACGGAAAUGCUUCCAGCAAGCAAUUUUUCGAGCAUAUAUUCACCCAAAGUCCCUGCAGUUCAUCCAUGCAAUGUGUCAGAUGAGCCUGAUUUCAUUAGACUGGUUAGAGUAAUGUCUGCAGGUGAUCCUCUUCUAAUGGAACUAGUUUGAGUAUACACUUCAACAAGAAAAAUGUACCACUUUAUUAACACUAAGUGAUCCUUUAAAUUCUUUUCUUACCGAGGUAUGGGGUAAAUUUUUCUUUUUCCUUUUGUAGAUUUAUGUUGUAAUAUUCAUUUAGUGGGGAUGGUAAAAAAGCCCUAGAACAGUUCUGUUAAAUCAUCUUUGUAAUUGGUUUAAACACAGAAAUGAAAAAAAGUGUACUCAUGGGUUACAGAAAUGGAGAUGAGAUAAAUUUGUCUGUUAAAGGUUCAAAAUUUUGGUCCUCAUGUCAUGGGCGGUUGUUUCCCUGGCUGAAUUUGAGGUUGUACUGGCAAAAAACGUUGCUGAAUGAUUCUUAUUCUAA